UUCAGAGAAUUACUUUACCGCCAAUUUCAAAUUUAACACUAGAAUCGAAUUCAUAAAAAUCGCGCGAAAAUUUGAAAUGUUUCGAAUUGGUUACUAAAUGUCGCUACAGUCGAGACACUGAACUUAACCUAAAAUAUAAUUCAAUUUUGCACAUGGCUUGAAAAUAUUGAUAUGCUUUGUUAUGCUUAAAGAAAUUUAUAUAUAUAAAUUUAAAUAAAAAUGUCAGUAUUGUUUCCUGGUGAUAAUUCCGACUCUGAUGAGGAAUUAAAAGUAAAUACAGAUUAUGCACAGAAUUAUGAUAAUUUUCGUCAAAAGGAAGAACUUAAUAAAUUGAAAACUAAGUAUGGAGUAGAUUUGAGUAAUGCAACAAGUUUAGAUAACGAAGAAGAAGAAGAAUCAGAUUCUAGUUCUAGUUCUUCAGAAGAUGAUAGUGAGGAAGGAAAUCAACUGAAUGAAAAAUUUGAUAAAGAAUUUUAUAGAACGUUAGCCUAUUUGAAGAAAAAGGAUCCUCUUAUUUAUGAUCAAAAGACAACAUUUUUUAAUAACAUAGAAGAACAAGCAGAUGAAGUGGAUCAAAAUGGAGAACAGAAAAAGAAGAAAAAGGAUAAAGCUAUGUUUCUAAGAGAUUAUGAACGUAAAAUUAUAACUGAAAGGGAAGGCAAGUACAGUGAUAGUGAAGAUGAAGUUCAAACCGAAAGUAAAAAAGAUCCAACGUAUACAGAGGAACAACGUUUACUUAAAGAAAGUUUUAAAAAUGUACUCAACGAUGAAGACGAGGAUGAAGAUACAGAUCUUUUAAAACCAAAAGAAAAAAGUCAAAUGGAAAAGCAGCAGGAAGAAGAAAGUUACAAAGAAUGGCUGAAAGGACAAAAAACAGAUAUUGAUCCUAAAGAAGAAGAAGAAUUGAAACCAUUGCGUGACUUUUGGAAUGAUCCUAAAUUAGAUUCGAAUGAAAAAUUUUUAAGAGAUUAUGUGCUCAAUCAUAAAUUCUUAAAUCAAGAAUCCUCCGAUAAAGAUUUAAAUUAUAAUGAAAUGAUUCAUGAUAGCGAUGAAAAUUUAUCAGAAGAUGAAAAUCAAAUAAACAAACAAGAAGAAUUUGAACAUAAAUACAAUUUUAGAUUUGAAGAACCUGAUCAGGAAUUUAUUAAAAGAUAUCCACGUACAAUGGAGAGCACGCUUAGGAAAAAGGAUACUCGCAGAGCACAGAAAAGAGCGGAGUUGAAAAAAAGAAAACAAGAAGACAAAUUACGUAAAAGAGAAGAGUUGAAACAAUUAAAAGCAUUGAAAAGAAAAGAAAUAGAAGAGAAAAUAGAAAAACUUAGAGAAAUAACAGGAAACGAUGACAUACGUUUUAAUGAUGCGGAUUUGGAAGGAGAUUUUGAUCCAGCAGAACACGAUAGAAAAAUGACAGAAAUUUUUAACGAACAAUAUUAUGCUGUACCAGAAGAUGAUAUGAAACCUGAAUUUCCAGACAUCGAUGAAGAAUUAGGAAUUGAUAAAAACUGGGAUGACUAUGAUCCCAAUGUUGAUGAAAUUGUUGAUAACAAUGACUAUGAAUAUAAUGAACCACAUUGUGAAGAUCCAGACUUCAAUAUGGAUGCAGAUUACAAUGGUAAACAAAAUUUGCAAUCAGAAUUAUUGGAAGGAACGAAAAAGAAGAAACGAAGAAGACGUAGUAAAUUUGCUGAAAUUAUAGCAAAAGACAAACCUAAAUUUGAUCCAACUAGUCAUCCAUCUUAUGAAGAAUACUUUGAUCAAUAUUAUGGAUUAGAUUAUGAAGAUAUGAUCGGUGAUUUACCAUGUAGAUUUAAAUACAGAAAAGUUGUUCCCAAUGAUUACGGUUUAACCGUCGAAGAGAUAUUAACGGCUGAUGACAAAGAAUUGAAUAAAUGGUGUUCAUUGAAAAAAGCUUUACAAUAUAAGCCCGAACACGUAGAACAAAACCAAGUAAAAGAAUAUCAACGGAAAGCUCAGAAUGAAGAACUGAAACGAAAAAUUCUUAGAAGUUUAUAUACUCCUGAAGAGCCAGAAGAAUUAAAUGAAAGUGAACCAACAACGGAUGAAACGAAAAAGAAACGUCGACGUAAAAAGAAGAAUAACAUUGCAUCUAACGAUGUUACAUCUACUGAUACACAAUCUCAUAGUAUGGAAAAUAAUGAUAAUAAUUCUGUUCAAAAAGAAAUUACGAAUACAUCUGAUAAAAGUGAAGAAACAACAUGUACUAACUCUACGGAAUCGAAAAAUAAUAAAAAACGGAAACGAAAACAAAAAGAACAUUCCAAUGAAAGUGAAUUCAAGAAAAUAAAAACAAACGAUACUGUUAACGAUGAAACGAUAGAAAAUAAUAAAACUAUUCAACAAAAUUGCAUCGAAAAAGCAGAUAUUGAUGCAGAAACUGAGAAGAAAAACGUACCAUACGUUUCUAAUAAAUCUAAUUCAAAUAAAAACGAUAACUCACAACAUAUUCAGAAAACAAAUAAAUCUAAAAUAGGCAAGAAGAAAUUUAAUAAAAAUAAUAGAAAAGACGAUCCAAAUAGUCAAAUAGUUGCAAUGGAUGCAUCUAGAUUAAAAAUGUAUGGCAUAAAUGCGAAAAAAUUGAAGAACAAAUUGAAAUAUGGAAAACAGAAACAAUAGUUUUUAUAAUUAAGAAAUUAUAAACUUGUAAAUACGAAUACAUUAAGCUAUUUUAUGUGUAUGCACAUAUAUAUUAUAUAUAUAUAUAUACAUUUUUAAAAAUAUUCUUUAUCUUGUAAUUAUCUUCAAAACUUAUCGAUAUUGUAGUAUUCCUAUUUGAUUUUCUGUUGGUUAUAUAGAGUACUGUAUAAAAUGAUAAACGCUAGGAUAGAAACAUCUGGAUAAAAGCAACCCUAAAUUUUGAAGGGAUAAAACUAGACCUUGAUAUUUUUUAAGGGUCCGACUUUCGUACUGUAAAUGAAUCUGCUUCAGAAUGAUAAACGAUAUUUGCGGAUUAUUA